AUGGCAAGCCGCAAGCCGCAAGCCAGCCGCAAAAGCGCAAAUCUCCUACCCAUCCACACUCUGCCCUGUACCUUUACCAGAGACAACCGAAUCGACUUGGGCUGGCUCUUUAGGCCACGGCCCCUGGCCAUCUCUUGCUCUACAGCGGGGUACAUCGGAAGAUCUCAACGCCCUCCCCUGAUUGGCGCACCUACCUACCCUCCGACAAGCGGCGAGGCUGUGAAGCCAUACUACAACCCCAAAAUGCAUCUUCAUCCAACGGACGAAGAGCAAACCGCAUACAUUCUGUUGGACGUUGUGGUGCAACUCCUCUUUCUGCAGUCUUCCCAACCGAUAUUCCCUUCCUGUGAUUGUGAUUCACUCAUCACGUCCAUCUUGACGCCUGACAACCAACAUCACUGCAACCCCAUACAUACAUACGUGGUUCAUCUGCAUGCUCCGAUUAGGCGCGUUGGCCAGAACCGCCCAUUCCCAGCACUGUCAUUCGAUAUUCAAUCUUUGUUCCCCACCUCAUCCACACAACCUUGCCCACACCUUGCAACUCCCGUCGCCCCCAAUCACCUUGCUUCAUUUCCUCAGCCUUUCCAAAUGGCAAACAGGCAAUCGCACACCUCGCCGCAAACGUGCUUGACUCUUACCGGUUCUUACCAACAGGCAGGUCAGAAACAGCAGACAGCCGCCGCCACCCCGGCCCAUCUCCUAGCCGCCCACAACCGACCGACCUCUCAGGCUCUCACCACACCACCGCGCGCCAAUCUUUUCCCGCUUAGAUUACCUUACCUUACGCCGCGCGCGCGCGCCUCCAUCUCGCGAUCUCUUGUGACCGGGGAAGACUGCAACGCAAACCACCCAGCUACGUACGCAGACGGCUACCAUCACAUGCACCUUCUUCCCGCCCGCCCGUUUUGCAUAGCCCAUCGUAUAGCUGCUAGCAAAGCGCAAUCACCCCUCAUCCCACAAUCAUACGACUCUCCCCCGCCAAUCUCAAAAGCUGCUCAACGCAACCGCCCACCGCCGAACCCGCAGGAUCCGGUCCUCAACCGACGGACCGACCUCCCUUCCACACCCCGAACACCACCGGCCGCAACAGCAGCAGCAAAAAUGUCCGGCGAAGGCCCCGAAUCAAUCCCCACCUCAGCGGACCCCCGCUCCCGCCGCCCAACAAAGAAACGCGCCCUCACCCCCGUCUCCGAACACGCAAAACACCUCGAGACCCUCUUCUCCAAACCAGACCAAGAGAUCCGUCUCCCUUCCGGUCCCGGCGCCGUCGCCAAACGCGCCGUCGCCGCCCCGCCCGAGAUCGUCACAAACGUGCAAGGUUCCUCCGCCGGCGCCGGCUCCGGCGAGUUCCACGUCUACAAGGCCAGCCGGCGCCGCGAGUACGACCGCCUGCGCGCCAUGGACGACGAGGUCAGACAGGAGAAGGAAAACGACGAGUUUGAGCGGCAAAAGGCCGAGCGGGCUGCCAAGGACGAGGAGCGCACGAGGAAGAAUCGGGAAAAGAGGGAUAAGAAGAAGCAAAAGGGUAAAAAGGGACCCGGUGGUGGUGGUGCUGCUGCUGGCGUGGCAAAGGGAGGAGCUGCAGCCGCUUCUUCGUCAAGUGGUGGUGUCGCCGCAAGGGCUGCGGCGGAAACAUCUACAAACAAGGAGGAUGAAGAUGCCAAGGAUGAUAAGGACGGCAAGAGCAAGGGCUCAGAGACGGCAACGACCUCGUCAGGAGCUGCUCAGCCCCCGGGUAUCGUGAUCCACGACGAGGACUGA